ACGCACGGGGCACGCUGUUUCACAUUUUUUUCCGCACUGCUCGUGAAUUUUUCUCGUAUUUUGUGCAAUUUCCAUCGGCAGUGACGAUAAUUUCCGUUAAAAACACGCCAAAAGUGAACGAUCAUUCUUCGGAAAACUAUAAAUUGAUUACAUAGGACCGGAGAACCGCGUGAGGAGAUGGCCGAUGUCGAUGAUCUGUUCAACUUGUUCGACGCCGACAACGACGAUGAGGACGACGCAGGCAAUGUGCCCAUCGUGGUGGAGGAAACCGACGACGGCAAAUCCGAGUCGCACCGGAAGGAUUCUCCGGCGCUGGCUAAGGAAGAGCCAUCUGGAACAAAGCGGGAAUUAGAAGAUGUCGAAAAUGAUGAUGAUGAGGACUUGGAGUCCAGUAAGCGAGCAAAAGUGGAAUCGCUUUUGGAUGACAUCAACUUGGAUAACAUCGAGUCCCGGAUCAAGGUGCACACCAUCCAGUCACCGGAAGCUUGUACACAUGAAGUAGCCGUGUACCCUGACCAUAAGUACAUGCCACUGGUUCCCCCUAGCGGCAAGCCGGCCAAGGAGUACCCCUUCGUGCUAGAUCCCUUCCAAAAGGAGGCAAUCCUGUGCAUUGAGAAUCAGCAAUCGGUUCUGGUAUCGGCUCAUACAUCGGCCGGAAAAACGGUCGUGGCGGAGUACGCAAUUGCCAAAUCGCUCGCCGCCAAGCAACGUGUCAUCUAUACAACUCCCAUCAAGGCCCUGUCCAAUCAGAAGUAUCGAGAGUUUCACGAGGAGUUCAAAGAUGUUGGAUUGGUCACCGGAGACGUAACCAUCAAUCCGUCCGCGUCCUGUUUGAUCAUGACCACGGAAAUUUUGAGGAACAUGCUCUACCGGGGCUCAGAAAUUAUGCGUGAAGUUGGAUGGGUCAUUUUCGAUGAAAUCCAUUACAUGAGAGACAAGGAGCGCGGAGUGGUCUGGGAGGAAACGCUUAUCCUCUUGCCGGAUAACGUGCAUUACGUGUUCCUUUCGGCCACCAUUCCCAACGCUCGGCAAUUCGCUGAAUGGGUUUGCCACAUUCAUAAGCAGCCGUGUCAUGUGGUGUACACGGAUUAUCGUCCGACGCCACUGCAGCACUAUUUGUUUCCGGUCGGAGGCGACGGAAUCCACCUGGUUGUAGAUGAAAAGGGCCAAUUCAAGGACGACAAUUUCAAUACAGCGAUGGCUGUGCUGCAAAACGCCGGAGAUGCUGCCAAAGGGGACCAGAAGGGCAAGAAAGGAGGUUUGAAGGCAACCAAUUCGGGCGAGACGAACAUUUUCAAAAUCGUAAAAAUGAUCAUGGAGAGGAACUUUGCUCCGGUUAUUAUUUUCUCCUUCAGUAAGAAGGACUGCGAGAUUUAUGCGAUGCAGAUGUCCAAGUUGGAUUUUAAUUCGACGACGGAGAAAAAGCUGGUAGACGAAGUUUUCAACAAUGCCAUGGAUGUGCUGAGCGAGGAAGAUCGACAGUUGCCUCAGGUGGAAAACGUGCUUCCCUUGCUGCGCCGAGGAAUCGGAAUCCAUCACGGUGGCCUGCUGCCGAUCCUGAAGGAAACCAUCGAAAUUCUGUUCGGCGAAGGAUUGAUCAAAGCGUUGUUCGCUACGGAGACGUUCGCCAUGGGCCUGAACAUGCCGGCCCGUACGGUUCUGUUCACCGGUCCUCGGAAAUUUGACGGUAAGGACUUCCGUUGGGUGACAUCCGGUGAGUACAUUCAAAUGUCCGGUCGUGCCGGUCGGCGUGGUUUGGACGACAAAGGUAUCGUAAUUCUGAUGAUUGACGAGGCGGUUUCGCCGGCGGUGGGGAAAGAGAUUGUGCAGGGCAAACCGGAUCCCAUCAAUUCGGCGUUCCAUUUGACUUAUAACAUGGUGUUGAAUCUGCUGAGAGUGGAGGAAAUCAAUCCGGAGUACAUGUUGGAACGAUCAUUUUUCCAGUUCCAAAAUCAGUCAUCUAUUCCGGAAAUUUACAAAAAGGUGCAGCAAAAGCAGAAAGAACUUGAGGGCGUUCACAUCAAAGAUGAACAAUCGAUCGUAUCCUACCACCACAUUAGAGAUCAACUGGACACUCUGGGAAAACAAUUCAGGGACUACAUAACGAGGCCCACCUAUUUGGUUCCUUUCCUGCAGCCAGGUCGAAUGAUUAAAAUUCAGUCGGAUGCCGGAGAAUUUGAGUGGGGUAUUAUCGUAAACUUCAAAAAAGAAACCGUUGACGCUAAGGCUAAUCCUUUGAAAGCCGAAACAAAAGUCAUCAUCGACGUCCUUCUACAUGUCGACGAUGGUUUCGAGAAGGAGGGUGUCCCCAAACCAUGUCCCGCAAACAAACGCGGUUCUGUCGAGGUCGUACCGGUCCUUCAUACCCUCGUACAUCGGGUAAGCUCGCUCCGAGUCUACUAUCCCAAUGACCUGCGACCAGCGGACAAUCGCCGAUCUGUGCUGAAGACCAUCAACGAAGUCAAGAAACGGUUUCCCGAUGGACCGCCACUGCUCAACCCGAUCAACGACAUGCACAUCAAAGAGAAAGACUUCCAAACCAUCGUGGACAUGAUUGACAAGUUCGAGAAGCGUCUGUUCUCCCAUCCACUUCACGAAUCUCCAGAUCUUGACAAGCUCUACACAAAGUACAUGGAAAAGCUAGAACUGGAACGUCAAUUGAAGCAGGAGAAGAAUGCCUUCCGGGAAGCGAAGAGCCUGCUCCACAUGGAUGAACUGAAACACCGAAAACGGGUGCUCCGUCGACUGGGCUACUGUACGACCGCAGAUGUCAUCGAGUUUAAGGGACGUGUCGCCUGUGAGCUGAGUUGUGCCGAUGAACUUCUACUCACCGAAAUGAUCUUCAACGGAACCUUCACCAAUUUGACGACCGCUCAGGCGUGUGCCCUCCUUUCAUGCUUCGUGUGCGACGAAAAGAGUGCGGAAGUUCCGGCCGCCACAGAAGAGCUUUCCGGACCGCUCCGGCAGAUGCAGGACCUCGCCCGGCGGAUAGCCAAGGUAUCGAACGAGUGCAAGGUGGAGCUGGACGAAGAACGGUACGUGGAAUCGUUCAAACCUUUCCUGAUGGACGUAGUGCUGGCGUGGUGCAAGGGGUCCUCCUUUCUGCAGCUGUGUAAAAUGACGGACAUUUUCGAGGGGUCCAUUAUCCGGUGUAUGCGGCGUCUGGAGGAACUGUUGCGGCAAAUGGUUCAAGCGUCGAAAACGAUCGGUAAUACUGAUUUGGAGAACAAAUUCUCCGAAGCGAUUCGGCUUCUCAAGAGGGACAUUGUAUUUGCUGCUUCACUGUAUUUGUAAUGGAAGAAAAGAUAGUUUCUUUCUGACAUGGAUUAAGUUUUAGACUAUAAUUGAAGAAAUUGAUGAUAACAUAAUAAAAUAAAUUAGUAUACCUCGGAGAAA